AUGACUGCUUUGCCGGCUUUACAUUUAUCCACAAAAGCUGAUGCCAAAUGUCGCACAGAAAGACCCUCUAUGGCUGACGACUGGGAGAAGACACAAGGAGGGAGAAACGGCCCAUUCAAUAUCCUAGGGCAUAUGCCGGCUCUAGCGGCGAGCGUCGUUUCACUAGAUUUCAGACCCUUGAUUUACACGUCCUUACUUGGCUUUCUGGCUCUUCCUCUUUUGGCGCUCUUUCAUCCUCCAGAAGCCUUGGCUGCGAAGGACCCUGUGCGUGACUCUGCCGCCUCCUUGAAGAUGCCGGACUCAGAGCCCUCAUAUAGGGAGACUGAGAAUCUUCCGGAACGAGGGGCAGAUUCAAGGGGGGAGGCUACAAUAAACGAAAGCAGCAGCAACAACAACACUGUAAACAACUGCAAUGGUAACGGUAGUACCACAGAGUGGCCGAGGGCUGCAGAUAAUGAGGAAGCACACACCCAUCAACAGCUAGGGGGUGGUCUAGCAGCGCGGCAGGAAGAGAAUUUUGAAGUGCGAAGAGGUACAGCUGUCAUUGGCCAACAACAGCCGAAUCAGGAGCAACAAAGGUUCAGUGACUCCACGACUUCUCAACAGGGCGAGCGGGAAGCAGAAGGAGAGCCCGAGACUGGGAGAGAAGAGAUACAAGAGCGGCAUGAGCGACAAGACUACGGGACUCCUUCGGAAUAUAGUGAAGAGGAAGAUGAUUUGUGGGAGGAUGUUCGCAGUAGCGAGGAUGAAGGCGUCGAGGAGAAGGAGAAAGACAAUGAUGAAGAGCUUCCUUUGGGGUGCACGCACUACAGGCGGAAGUGCAAGAUUGUUGCUCCUUGCUGCCAGCGCAUAUACUGGUGUCGCCACUGUCAUAACGAAGCGAAUGAAGAGAAUCAAGAGAACGCGCACGAGGUGGAUCGGCAUGCAGUGGAGGAGGUGGUGUGUGCCACCUGUGGGGUACGCCAGCCAGUCUAUCACUGCGACGAAUGCGGAAUCUGCCGUUCGGGGGGCAGGGAAUCGUUUUUUCAUUGCCCAACAUGCGGCAGUUGCUACCCCUUACAAUUGCGAAACAAGCACAAAUGCCUAGAGAACGCAAUGAAGCGACAGUGCCCAGUUUGUCUUGAGGAUAUGUUUUCAAGCCUUAGGCAGAGCCAAGUUCUCCAGUGCGGACACACCUUGCAUGCGGACUGUCUUAGGCUGCUGCAGAAACAGAGGGGUUUUCAGGCAAUUCGCUGCCCAAUGUGUAGCAAGUCAAUUGCAGAUUAUAGCGAGUUUUGGAAGCAAUUGAGCGAGGAAAUAGCACGAACGCCAAUCGACGAGCAGUUUAGGAGAAAAGUCAGGAUCGCAUGUAACGACUGUCUUGAACGAUCAGUCACCGACUUCCACUUUCUUGGAUUGCAGUGCGCAAAGUGCAACAGCUUCAACACUCGAUCCAUCGCUGAGGAAUAG